AUGAACGAAUUCCCUCGCGAUUCCAUAAGACACACCUCGGAAGAACUUACAUUUGUUUGCGAAAAAAUUAUAUCGUGUCUUUCUGAAAACAAAGAACACACUAAAAAGGUCCUUCUGUGUGGGCGACUGAGAGAACUGGAACCCUGUCUGGCCUCACUCGGCAAUCGACCAGAACUACUUGAGCAUAUCAUUGUGGCUACUAACAACAUUACGCGACUCUACAAUGACAAGACCACUGUCAAGAAGCCCCUUAUUGUGGAAUGGGACGAGUCUGUUUACGAGGAAUACCUCAUCGAACGCGUAAAAACCUCGAGCGAUCACUUCUCUAUCAGUCUCGCCAUAGACUUCUCUCCCACCCUCCGACGUAUUGAACGGAUACGUAAACUCCUCGAAAAGGACGGAGUCCUAAUCAUCACGGCUGAGAACCCCGGCUGGCGAAUGGCGAAACCCCAACUGCUCAGCAGUUUCUCCGCAAACGGGGGCUCCCUCAUAAAGCUCGCGGAGUGCCUAGUCUCGGCAGCUAACAGCGAACGACGCCUUCACUUGCUGCGACCUGUCGAACGACGCAAUGGCAUCCUGGGUUCCGUCAGUUGCCCCGAGGACACCCGGUUCGGCGGUAUGAAAGGCCGAUGA